AGGAGACUUGGUUUGGGAGAGGAGCUGCACACUGACUUCAGCUGUACUCAGAAGAACAGACAGGUUCUCCUUCAAAGGGGGAGGGGGGAGAGGAAAAGCCAUUUAUUUAUUCCUGAAAAGAAAGGAGGUAGGAAAUAGAAAAGCUAGUAUACAGCUAGACAUACUUAUUUUAAAGAGAAGGAUGUUUUGGAAGACUUUGCCGCUGCUGCUGUUCUAUUACAGUGCUCAUGCCACUGUGACCAACAGAUGGAGCAGAGCUAUGCUUUUCCCAGCUGCUCAGCGAUUCAAGAGAUCCUCAGCUGCCUUCCUUAACCCAGUGCUACAGAACUCGCUGGAAGAUGUGGUCCUGCUUUAUGAGUUUCUUUUAGCUGAGCUUGACAUUGACAAACAUCAGAGGAUCUCCAUCAAAGAUGAGGAGCUCGCUUCACUGCGGAAGGCUGCUGAGUUUGACACCAUCUGCAAUGAGAUCAUCCCCAAGAGCAUCACAGAGAUCCGCAGGCUGAGUAGCAGGUUGUCUUCCUACCCAAGGGUCCUCAAGAAAGAAGACUUUGAAAGGACAGUGCUGACCAUGGUCUACGCGGCCUACAGGGCUGCUCAGUCCCAGGGGCACCAAAAAGACGCUUGGGCUGAAUCUUUUGUCAGUCUUUACAAAGCCCUGAAGCAUGACUUGAUGUUCCCGUACAACAAAGAGCCAUCAUAGCAGGAGACUUGAUGCAACAGCAACUCAGCCACUUUUUCUGGUUGAUAAGGGACACAUGUAGCACGUCCUCCACUUUAUUUGUAAAGAAUUUAAUAGCCUGCUUCAUGAAAGUUUAUUUGAGAUUAUUUGUUUUCUAGCUCCCUCUUGUGGAAUCCACUUUAUAGUUCCAUGUUAAAUGGGGAAAAACGUUAUCGUCAGUCCUGGGAAUUUGAUUUUUAUGCUGGCUUGGAGGCACAUUCUGUGACAGGCAAAGAAGGGAGUCUGCUGUACAUCCCAGACAGACAUAUCCUUAUUUCAUCCUGUGAGUUUCCUAUAAGCAAUACAUAAGCAUAUUACACUUAUGCUCACAUACCUAUGAGUGUUGCUGAAGAAUGCUGCUUCCUAGCUGGGGAAUCAAGUUCAUAUUUUGCCUGGCCAGUAAAAGAAUAUAAAUAAUAAAGAGAUGCAAAGGCCCUCUGUAAAAGAAAGACGUUUCAUAACUGUCAGCCUUCAGAAAUUAUGCCAAAUAUUAUUCAUUCCAAAUAUUCUUGUAAAUAAGCACUGUCUGAUUCACUUCAUUUGGCUGAGCCAGAUUUUAAUUCCAAUAACAUUUGCAGAAGACAAAGGGCAUUGUGAAUACGAGCAGCAAACAAUGCCUGGGAACAUAUUCACUGCUUACCUAGAGCCACCCUCCCCAGCUGUCUGCAAUGAUUCUUUCAUUAUUUGCACAUGACUUUGCUUCUGCUCCUUGUUUUUUUUUUUUUAAGGGAACAUGUAUUUGUCCUCAGUGGAGUCAAAGGCAAGACAAAGGCCCUGUUUAAUUUAACAAUGACACAUUUUUCCUGGUUCUGUCUCUUGAACAUAGGUCAUCGAAACCCAUGCUUCAGAAUCCCCAUGAGGCAAGGGAAGAAGGUGCAUUAAAACAUACCUGGUGCUGAA